CAGCUUUACUAAGGCUCAUAAACAUGGGCCCGUAUAUUUCGAGUUCGACCGCGAAUGACUCUUCUCUCCUGGCACAAUUAUAGCCAUGACUUCUCGCCAAGUUGCACAGUAUGGGACGUUUAAGAGUCCUAUUCAGCCGGAAAGCUUUGCAGCCCCGGGUUCCGUGGUGUUGAAUCAGCUGCGUGUCAAUCGCGACAAUGGCAAAAUAUAUCUCCUCGAGAUACGGCCAGACGAGGGAGGAAGAGGGGUCAUCGUCGAGCACGAUAAUGGACAGAGCAGAGACGUUCUUCCCAAGCAAUACAACUGCUUAUCCCAGGUUCAUGAGUAUGGCGGUGCCUCCUUUGCUUUCAAUGAGUCGACGGGGCACAUUGUCUUCACGGAUUGGGAGACCAAGGGUGUCUUUGGCCUCGAUCCUGAAGCAGGCGAAACAAUCCCAAUCGUGACAGCGGAUCCCAAGGUAUAUUACGCCGACUUUGCUAUCCAUCCUCACCAUUCUCAAUAUACCGUGGCAAUCAAAGAAGAUCAUCAUGCGCCCAGGAUUACAGAUAUUGAAAAUUCUCUUGUGGUGAUUGACUCGUCCACAAAUGAGGUCCGACCUCUGGCCAGCGGUGCUGAUUUCUACACCUAUCCGAGAUUCAGUCCUGACGGGAUGAAGAUAUGUUGGAUUCAAUGGAAUCACCCCAAUAUGCCAUGGGAUAAUACUGAGCUAUGGCUUGCUGACUGGGACCAUGGCACGGUCAAAAACCCUAAAUGCAUUGCUGGCCAGCAGACCAAGGCCAGCAUAACCCAGCCACGCUGGGGUGAUGAUGGAGUGCUCUACUUUGUCUCGGAUCAAACCGAUUUCUGGCAGAUAUAUUCAUUUUCCGACGGUGAAAUACAACAACUCGUACUGGCAGGCCUGGAGGACGCCGAAUUUGGAUUUGCAGAUUGGUUUCUGGGAGGCUCUUCCUACUGUCUCCUGGACCCUGCCACCAUGGUCGCAGUAUUCAAUUAUCAAGGCCGCUGCACCACCAUUCUUGCAGAUACUCGAACACUCGAAUGGCGAGAUCUCAGCUGCCCUAUUGUCGAGAUCACGCUCGAUGCCAUCAAACCAGUAUCGGAGACAUCGUUCGCUAUCAUAGGCUCCACUACCACCCUCCCAAUGCUGGCAACGGUAAUUGAUAUCAACGAACAAGGGCUCGGAACAAUCCUGCAAAAGUCCACUCCAACAUCCCUUCCGGAAGAUUAUAUCUCAAUUCCACAGCCCAUUACAUUCCCACGAAUCCACGGUCCUGGCGGCGGUAAUGCAUAUGGUCUCUUUUACCCGCCGAAGAAUCCGCAGUUCGAAGCUCCAACCGGCACGCUUCCACCCCUAAUUGUCGCAAUUCACGGGGGUCCAACAUAUCAUGAAGGCCCGGGCUUCUCACUUCGCGAUCAAGCACUUACCACUAGGGGUUAUGCGCUUGUACAAGUUAAUUAUGUCGGAAGUACUGGGUAUGGUCGUUCGUACCGCAACCUACUUGCUGCCCAAUGGGGAGUUAGCGACAUCGCCGAUGCUGUCUCCGCCGUUGACUAUCUUGCUCAACAAGGGCUUAUUGACAAAUCACGGGUGGGUAUCACGGGUCACUCUGCGGGAGGUUAUGCAACGAUGCAAGCUCUGGCCAAGUAUCCUUCGGUGUGGGCUUGCGGAGUCGCUGAGAGUGGAAUAUCGGAUAUGAAGCUCCUUGUUCAGGAGACGCAUAAGUUCGAAUCUCAAUAUCUCUCGCCGUUAUGCUAUCCUAGUGCCUCGGCCGAGGAGCAGGAAGCCAUCCUGAGAGACCGGAGCCCUUUGACCCACGCUUCGGAUAUUAAGAGUCCGCUGCUGAUUAUCAGUGGAGCAGAGGAUGCCAUUGUGCCGCCAAAUCAAGCAUACGACCUAGCAAAGAUGGUCAAGGAGGCCGGCACCCCGGUAGAUAUCAAGGUCUACGCUGGCGAAGGGCAUAUCUUCAAUAAGGGAACCACGCUAAGUGAUAUCGAGCGGAGGCGGUAUGAGUGGUUUGAGAAAUACCUAGCAAGGGCAACUCCGUCAUAGUGCGAGAUGGCCAUUUUAUGCACAGAGGGUCAUUUUCCUCUGAGCGGAUAGCUCCAAGCGUGUUGGGAGAAGAUGUGAUCAAAGUGUGCAAUGAAGAAUGGCGUGUUCGUGCUUGCCUCGGCGGAUAUUCGCUGUAAAUAGAAAUGUCAAGCCGUUCAUAGAUACAGAUAAAUCUCAUUUUGACGAGGAGAGAGUCGGUUGCCG